UGUUCUCAGAACAAGGAAAACAAUCCCUUCCCUUCUCCAGUCCCCUGAUAAGAGUUUCUGUCCAAUAACGGUGCUCUCUGCUCUGAGGCACAUUUAACUGAGAAGUUUGCAGCGGGAGAGGCUUUCCUUCAAGCUGUUAGUGUUUUAUCCUGGCAGGCUCCUCGAGAUUGUUGUGAGGAGUCUAGCCAGUUGGUGAGCUUUGUAAUCUAAACCAGCUGUCCCAGGCUGAGGCCCCCAUUUGCAUUGUUUAACAUACUUAGAAAAUGAAGUGUUCAUUUUUAACAUUCCUCCUCCAAUUGGUUUAAUGCUGAAUUACAGAAGAGAACUAAGCAAAACCAGGUGCUUUCUCUGUAUUCUCUCCAGAGUCUGAGGAGGUACAGACUGCUCCUGAUCUUCUCCGUUACUUGCUCUUUCAUUCUUUGGACUAUAAAUGACUGAGGAACUGAAGUACUAGCAGAGGGUAAUGUUUGGAAACACUUUCUAGUUAUUCAUCAGCAUAAGCUCUGUUUUUUUCCACCUUUCCCCAACGGUUUUGGACAUGCAAGGAUUAAAAAGGAUACUGACUGCUUUCACACUGAUCAUCUGCAUUUCGAAUCCUGGAAAAGCACAGCAACAAUGCACUAAUGGGUUUGACCUGGACCGUGCCUCUGGGCAAUGCUUAGAUAUUGAUGAAUGUCGGACUAUUCCUGAAGCCUGUAGAGGAGACAUGGUGUGUGUCAACCAGAAUGGUGGCUAUUUAUGUGUACCACGGACAAAUCCAGUGUAUCGAUCACCAUAUCUGAAUCCUUAUUCAAAUAUUUAUCCACCACCCCCAGCGCCAGGCCCUGUUCCUAACUACCCUACUGUUACAAGACCUCUGAUUUGUCGAUUUGGUUACCAGUUGGAUGAAAACAAUCAGUGUGCUGAUAUUGAUGAAUGUGCUUCCGAUUCUCACCAGUGUAAUCCCACCCAGAUCUGCAUCAAUACUGAGGGGGGGUAUACCUGUUCCUGCACUGAAGGCUACUGGCUGCUAGAAGGCCAGUGUUUAGAUAUAGAUGAGUGCCGUUACGGCUACUGCCAGCAGCUGUGUGCCAACGUGCCUGGUUCCUAUUCCUGUACGUGCAACCCAGGCUUUACCCUUAACGAUGAUGGAAGAUCGUGCCAAGAUGUGAAUGAAUGUACGGGAGAAAACCCUUGCUCUCAGACUUGUGUCAAUACCUAUGGCUCUUUUCUCUGCCGCUGUGAACCUGGCUACGAACUGGAAGCUGACGGAGUUAACUGCAGUGACAUGGAUGAAUGCAGCUUCUCAGAGUUCCUCUGCCAGCACGAAUGUGUGAAUGGGCCUGGUUCUUACUACUGUGUCUGUCCUUCGGGCUAUAAUCUGCUUGAUGAUAGCAGAAGCUGCCAAGAUAUCAAUGAAUGUGAAAUUAGGAACUUCACCUGCACUCUACAGCAAACGUGUUUCAAUAUCCCAGGAGAAUAUAAAUGUUUAGACCCAGUAAGAUGCGAGGAACCUUAUAUCCAGAUUAAUGAGAACCGCUGUAUGUGUCCAGCUGAAAACCCCGGCUGCAGAGAUCAACCAUUCACCAUCCUGUACAGAGUCAUGGAUGUUCUGUCUGGGCGUUCAGUGCCUUCUGACAUCUUUCAGAUGCAAGCAACAACUCGAUACCCUGGAGCCUAUUACAUCUUCCAAAUCAAAUCAGGGAAUGAGGGCAGGGAAUUCUACAUGCGGCAAACAGGACCGAUCAGUGCUACGCUGGUGAUGACCCGUCCUGUGAAAGGGCCCCGCACUGUUCAGUUGGACUUGGAAAUGAUCACUGUCAACACCGUCAUCAACUUCAGAGGAAGCUCCGUCAUCCGGCUGAGGAUAUUUGUAUCACAGUACUCAUUCUAAACCUUGCGUUGGUGCCCUGUAAACAUUAAAACAAAAGACACGGUUCCUCUUCUGCAGAACUCUCUCCUCAGAAGCCAGUACGUAUAGCAGCUCAAAACCAAGUCAGUAUUUCCACAGACCCAGUGACAGAUGCCUGUCUGAGGAGGGAGGCCUCUUCAUGCACACCCCCACCAGGAUGCAGACCUCUGAAGGUGUAUCGGCAGCAGAUCCCAUAUGAUUCUCUAUGUGGUCAUAUAUUUUAAGGACUCUUUUUUCCACUGUAAACAUUUCUAGGGUAUGAGUCUAUGUUUCAAAGACUGUGAACCUUUGUAGCUCCAAGGCUGCUUAGCAAAAAGCACCAAAGAAACUGCAGAAAAAGCUGGCUUUUGCAAUCUUGCAUAUUUUUUUCAUUAUAAAUGGAAAGCUGACAAACAAGUGAAAACCAAGCAAACAAACAAAAAAAGACACCUAUUGAAACAAGGGAUCUCAGAAGUGCUACUUUACAUUUACAAUUAACUUUGAAAUUAUCAGUCAAGCACUUUGUUUCAAUUCACUCUGCAUUUGUCUUACUUUCACCUGCUUUUCUUUGAUUCUGUUUUGUACUUAAAAUUCAUUGUAAAUUCAUUCCAAAAUACUUGUACUAUGUAAUUUUCUACUUUCUAACAACAUGUCACAUCUUUGGGUUCCUUCCUGUAUUAAAUCGUUCUGUAUAACAGAGCUCAUAGAAAUCCAUCACUGGAUGGCAUGUUUUACACUGAUUAGAGCAUUAUGCUUAUUUAGAGCCAGGCUCUUUGACACAGGUCUCCACUGCCAGAAUUGUGUCCAGGGACUUAAGAGCAGGUGAGAAUCAGAACUUUUCACUGUUUUUCAGUGUAAUAGUUGCAAACAGUUUGUAAUGGUUGUAAGUUAGCAAUACUAACUUUACAGCUAAGGCUGCAAGUAACCUCUUGUUCAACAACCACUCAGUUCAGAUAUGUCCAAAUUCCUUCAGGAAAAGAAAUAAUAACUAUUCUGUUUGCACAGAAUCUCUCUCCUACAUUCCUAAAAUUAGGGAAAACAAUCUGAAAAGGAGUUGGAAUAGUGAUGUCAUUCAUGCCUUUGACACAAAGCAGACCCACCUAUGCCAGUACCCAGACACCAAAUGACAGGAUCCCACAGUUUCCAUAGGUAAUGUCUUCUCAGGUAUAACUGCUGUAAUCAAUAGAAAGUUUUUCCUAAAGUCUAAUCUGAGUCUCCCCUGUUGUAAUGUAAGUCUAUUGCUUUUUAGCACACUUCCAGUAGAAAUAGAGAACAGUUUAUCUUCCCCUUUGCAACAGUCUUUAACAUGUCUGAAGAUUGUUGUCACGUCUCCCCUCAGACUGUUCCUCUGUAGUCUAAACAAACCCAAUUCUUUUGGUCUUUCCUCAUACAUCACAUUUUCUGGACCUUUGAUCAUUCCUAUUGCUCUCAUCUGGAUUCUCUCCAGUUGGUUCACAUCUUUCUCAAAGUGCAUUGCCCAAAACUGUGAAAAGUAUUCCAGCUGAAGCCUCACAGUGCUAGACUAAAUAUAUAUAUAUAUUUAGGUGUUUGAAAAUAAAAUUAAUUGUAUAGUUUGGAGGUAUUAUCCUCAUGUUGUUAAAGUCACUGGCAGUUCAGUGUUUUAUUUACUAAGGAUGAGGCUUCAUAUGCUUUGUUCUACAUUUCUCUGAAGUAAGUACUUGCUAUUUCCCCCUGACUUUUUCCUAAUUGUCUUAUUUGCUCUUGAGCAUUGCUAGCACAAAACAUAAACUUUGCUGAGUCCUUUUGAGGAUUGGAAUUGUUUAAUGCUACUUGGGAAAGGAGUUUAUGAAGAUUAUAGCAUGAAUAGACUGGAGCAGAGUAGGUCUUCAUUCUUAUAUGGAGGGCUUCAUUAAAGCCAAGUAUUAGAUGGGAGAACACAGACUCAGAAAAGUUAUCACAACUCAGCCUGUGUGACACUUUUGCGUCAGCUGACUCUUGCUCUCGAUGAGCUCUACAAGUUAGUCUGGGGUUGUUUUUUCUCUAGUUGUAGAAGUGACUGCUCUUUUUACUGGUACUUAGCUUGAGAAAGUCCUGAUGCAAUGGUUUACAGCACCUAAAGGCUGAGUUGAGUGUGCUUCAGCAGCUUCCACUUCUUAAUAAAGUUUUCUCAUUGAUGCUGCACCACACUAGGUUCCCAUGGCUCAGAGCUCUGCAUGCAGGCUGUCUUUUACUAUAAAAACAGACCAGCUCAAGAUUGACUCCAGGCUUUAGGGGGCUAAGCAGAGGGCAGGAAGCCAAUGAGUUUUGUGAAUAGCCAACUGAAGGGUACAAAUAUAGAGGAACCCCGCAGGGACAGAGAAGUAUCAGGAAUGUGCUUUCUGAGUGUAUUGAGGCUCACCGGAUGCCAGCCUUGAAGGGGAAAACAGAAAUGAUCAAGGAGGAAUGCUAGUUUAUAACCACCGCUUAGUUUAUAACUCAUGGGUCCCAGGUUAUGGAAUGCAGACAUAGGAAAGAAGGCUCUGGUAGCCCAACACACAGAUAUGGAGCAGGCAGUAUCGUAAAUGAAACUCAAUGUUUUAAGUUCUUCCAGAACAUAAAAGCCCUUCCUCACCCUCUUUGUGCUUCCAUGUUAUCACUUCUUCAUGCCCAGUGGAGUCAUCUCUCCUCCUGCUGUCACGUCACCUCCUGGAGAGGAAGUGCACUCUGUAAGAUAUCAGACAGUUCCUCACUUCUGGGCUGUUCUCCCAUGGUUCCCACAUACCAACCUGAUUUAACCCUAAUUAAGAAAUAUUAAAAAAAUAACAGAGGAAUUCCAUUACUAAACAGUUUGUUAAAAGGGUAAGGCUCGAACGCCUGGUUUUAGCAACAAAUAUUCAUAAAACAAUAUUACACUUUCUAUGUAAACAUUUUGUGCCUUAAAAAAAAGCGUAAAGUCUGGAAACAAAGGAAUUCAGCCACUUCUCAAUCGCCAUAACAUCUUUCAUCACUCACUAUCACUCCAGCCAACUUUAACUUUGCCAAAAUAUAUGCCAAUCUCAAAAUAAUAACUUACUCGCACUUUGUAACAUCUAAACUCUCCAUUUCCUAUUCAAAGGUCUGUUUCCAAUAGAUUGUUACAGGCUCGUGUAUUACAGCAAUUCAUGCCAAAUAAAAAAAAAAAAAAAAAGGAAUAUGCACGUCGGGGUUUUACAGGAUCUAGUGUUGUAGAGCUGGAUGGGUCCUACCUGAUAUAUUCGUCUUGGAAAUAUUUUUAGGGAAGUGGAUUUUUUU